UUAAAUUCUGUAAUGAAUGAAAUAAGAACACGAGACUAACGUAAACAGUAAUAAACGUUAAACUGAUAAGAAUCAAGGUGAUGUCCACAAAAUCAGUAGAAAACCAGAGAUAUUGAAUUACUAGACAUUUUACUCAGAAUUUAAUUGGAUUGAGGUUCUUCAAAACUGGGGUUUGAUGGACAUUAUUUGUUCUAUUUUUCCUGUUAAUUUUAAGGAUAAAUGCAAACUGGGUUAUGUCUUUGAAGAACUGAACUGGGUCUUCAGCCCCACAGACGAAAAUCCAGGACAGCCUCGCGCAGGCAAGCAGAUUGACAAGGGGGCGAGGUUGCUCCGCUUCGAAUGUUAAUACAUCUACUGUGGACAGUUGCCACCACUGUGAUUUAACGCACGGAAUUUGGCACACAAAGGUGCUUCUGAAAAUUGUAAUGAAAUGAACAAGUUCACAUGAUGGCAUCUCCUACGAACAACGAAGUGACCCGAUUCAAGUAACCGCUAAGAAAUAGUACGGAAUAUUGGACCGCGCACUCGCAACCUGAACUCGGCAGAGCGUGAGUACAAAGACAGACAAUCAAGCGAAGAGCACAGAGGAUACGCGCAAUGGUAGAGCGCUGUAUGCAUGUCGCAAUUCAUCUCCUUUGCACUCAUAAAGGGUGCAAAUGCAUAAGGAGAACAUCAUUUGGUGCUUUAUAAAUAUUUAGCUAAAACGAAUUCCUCUCAUUUCGAAAAUUAUUAAUGCUCUUCUGAGAACUCUGAUAAUUAGAUAUAUUCUACAACAAGUACAUCGAGCCUAAUAGGCUACCUGCACAUCCUGUACAUUUGACAAUACUGUUCCAUAUGAACGCUUUGACCCAGAUUAACUGAAGGCAUAAGAAAUAAGGAGCAUUUUGGAGCAUUGCCAUUGAUCACCGGGGAAGUACCAGGUCAGUGAACGAGCAAAGGUGCCCCUAGAGCGGCGAGUGAAUGCAGGACCAUGGGGGAGAAAGACAGGUCGCCAGCAGUCUGUCCCACUGUUCCAAGGUGAGCCUGUCUCCAGCGGGAGGAGGGGGCUGCGCGGGCGGGUCCCCCACGGGCAAGAUGGGCUGCUGCGGGGUGCCCGUGGAGGACAUGCAGGCCCUGGCCAUCAGCUCGCUCUCCGCCGCCGACAUACACAAGCGCUACGAGCACAUCCGCGAACUGGGCAAGGGCACGUACGGCAAGGUGGACCUGGUGGCGCACCGCACGCAGGGUACCAAGCUGGCCCUGAAGUUUGUCAACAAGAACAAGACCAAGCUCAAGAGUUUCCUGCGAGAGUAUAGCAUAACCAGCGACCUCAGCUGCAGCCCCUUCAUCAUCAAAGUGCUGGACGUGCUGUUCGAGACGGAAGAGAGUUAUGUGUUUGGCCAGGAGUACGCGCCAGCUGGAGACCUGUUUGACAUCAUCCCCCCACAGGUUGGCCUGCCGGAGGAGAUGGUGAAACGCUGCAUCCAGCAGCUGGGCCUGGCUCUGGACUUCAUGCACAGCAAGAGCCUGGUGCACCGGGACGUCAAGCCGGAGAACGUGCUGCUGUUCGACCGCGAGUGCCGGCGCAUCAAGCUGGCCGACUUCGGCAUGACGCGGCGGGUGGGCAGCCGGGUGAAGCGCAUCAGCGGCACCAUCCCCUACACGGCGCCCGAGGUGUGCCAGGCCAGCCGUGCCGAGGGCUUCCUGGUGGACUGCAGCCUGGACGUGUGGGCCUUCGGGGUGCUCAUCUUCUGCAUGCUGACCGGCAACUUCCCCUGGGAGGCGGCGCUGCCCUCCGACGCCUUCUACGAGGAGUUCUGGCGGUGGCAGCGCGGGCCCUGCCGGCCCGGAGUCUUCCCCUCGCAGUGGCGGCGCUUCACGGACGACGCGCUGCGCAUGUUCCAGCGCCUGCUGGCCGUGGAGCCCGAGAAGCGCUGCUGCGUCAAGGACGUCUUCUACUUCAUCAAGUACGAGCUGAUGAGCGAGCUGCGCCGCCGGGCCUCCUGCAGGGGCAAGCGGCCGAGCGGGGCGUGGCCUCCUGCGGCAGCGGCUCCUCCUCUUCCUCCCGCCCCGGCCACAGACACCCCGAGCCCUCCACCCCGCCCGCCUCCUCCUCCUCCUGCCUCCGGCCCGCCCCCCUCAAGAGAACCGUCCUCUCGGACCCUCACUCCUCCCGCUUGGACCAGCCUGCACCACUCCCCCGGGCGGCAGGAGAAGGGCAAAGGGCAGGUGGUGAUGGCUACAGCAAUCGAGAUCUGUGUGUGACAGCAGAGAGGGCGGGGUUUAGGGCGGGUUCAGGGGUAGCGGCAUCAGGGUCUGCAGUAGGAACCUUCUUACAGCUAGAAUUCAAAACGGUGUGCCCUUCAAAGUAUCUGUUCAACAGGGAAGGGAACAUCAUGCUGGCUUGAUACAUUCUUAGAAGAAAGGGUUCCAAAAGGCUCCUCUGUGUCGGCAUAGAGCCCGUGUAGUGCAAGGGCUCUGUUGGGAGCUGUGGAGGGUCGUGUAAAGAACUAAAAAGGGUUCCCCUAUGAAGACAAGCCAAAGAACCCUUUCUUCUGAGAGUGUAGUUCAUCCCAUUUUUUCUGAUGCUAGUUUAUCAUGAUAUGAAAUGUUCUCUACAUGCCUUUGAAUCUUCAUCCCCAAAUAAUCUGCGUGUGCUGAUUAACCACACUUCCUGCCUACAAGUGGGGACUUCUAGAGGAGAGUUUUAAAGAAACGCACUCUACUCUAUAAAGACUUGCACCUUGGGGAGGCCUUUCUUAACUAGGUCAUGUAAAGUACUUCACAAUGCAUGCCACUGUUUGGAAGGCCAGUGAUUCCAGGGGUGCUCUGACUUUGACUGAUAAAACGGCGUCCAUACGAUCUCCAAGCCAACCACCAAGUGGACCUUUCAGAUGAGGAAAACCUUCACGGAAAGGGAUGGCUUUAAUGGGGCACGACAACAUGAAGCGCAAAUGUAGCAGUUUCCUAGGAGACAGCUGUCCGCUGUGUCCUUUGUGCUCUGAUACUGUUUUAUGUGCACCCAAAUAAGGCUCUCCUCUGUUUGAUCACGUCAAACCAAUCUCAGGACGGCACUCAGGGGCAGACUUCCUGUUCUGGGGUUCUUUGUUCUACCUGUUAUCUCAUUACUGUCUGAGAAAGGAACUAUGACAAAGACCUGUAUAUGCGCACUCAGUGGUUAGGUACAGUAACUGCUCAUUGCUAAAUCAGUACUGCAGGCUUGUGCCUCAGAGGUGUUCUACUGUAUCUCCCAGUAUAGAAAAGCAUAUGUUUGUAUCUUGUUGAGUGACACACUCAGAACAGAAUUAUCCUUCUGUUUUUCCCCUUGAUUUACAGGGGCAUCAAUUUUGGAUAAGGGAAUUUAAUUAUGUUUACUCUGUGCGUGAAUGAGUGAGUGUGACCAAAGUCAGUUUUAGUAUGCAAAAAUGAUUUGUAAAGCACAAGCAAUUGGAGUAAUGAAAAAUUCUUUAAGGAGUUGCCUACUCCCUCACCACUUCCUACCCUCAAAACUAAAACUCUAUACCCUACCAUAUGUUUCUUUCUGGGACAGUGAACUUCUGGCCCUAGUCAUUUGCUACAUUUAAACACAGCCGUUAUUACAUGCGUUGUCAUUUUAUGAAAACGAAUAGUCAAACCCACUGGAGUUUACAUUGCUGUAGCGCUGUUCACUGUCCAACUGUAAGUGUAGCGAUCAAAAUGGAAUGCAUUUGUAAAUUAGGAUAGAAAAGGCACAGUUGGAAUCCCAUUAAAAACUCAUCACAGGCUGUGGAGUAUCUGUUAGCAACUCUCACAUGGACGGACAGAGUCAGUAGGUCCUCCUUCCUAGAAUACAGCAGCUGUGUUGGAGUACCUCUGGAGUAGUAUCAAAUUUUUAGUGUCUUAGAAGUAGAAGAUAUGGGUACCUGGGAAGGGUGGGAUAAAGGGGAGGGUGGGGUUUUGGGAUGAUUUCCAGAAAAAUGCACUGUAUGUAGCAAAAACAAGUACUGGCUAUGUAUAUUAAAACAUUACACAAGGAAGGACAAAUACAUUUGUUAAUCAUUUGUUUUACUAGAAAUAGCAGCCUGCAGAGAACAGUUGUGAUGGACAGGAGGUGAUAGGAGUCACAAAAAAUAAGCAAGUCACCCCAUGGGUUUGGGAAAUGCAGCUUGGUUUAAUGUUUCCUGUUGUCCUGUCUUCCUGAACAUGAGCUCAUUCAGCUGCAGCUCAGAUCAUUAUUCCACCUUGUCUGACUCAUCAUUGAUUUUUCUCUCACUUUCCCAUCUGUCCUCCCAUCAUUCAUCCCCCCCCCCCCCUCCCCCGUGGCCUGGGACAGCGAUCUCACCUCAUGUCUGGAAAGCUAUGCCACUGUUCUGAAAUGUUCUUUUUUUCCUAAACAUCUGAGAUUUCUUCUUCUGUUUAUGGCUUUGCAGAACAUAAAAGGGUAGAUCACGUUCCGGGAUUUUUUUUUGUGUAUGUUUUUUCUUUUGGUUGUUCAGAUGGUUUUAUGUGCAAUGAAUGAUAUUUCAGAUAUUCACUUUCUGAUGACCUCUCUGCUUUAUAAUGGCAGGUAUAGGGGCAUUGUAUUUCCAGGCUGUAGAUAGGAACAGAACUAUAAUAUGUUUUCACAUUUAUACACAUAAAUAUCAGUAUAUUUAUGCUGUGUCGGUACUUCUUUCCUUGAGCUCAUUCAAGCUCCAUGUGCAGUAGGAAAGAGUUCCAACCAAAGAUUUUAAGCAUAAUGUCUUGAAAAAUAAUCAACUCGUAUACAUACAUUACUGGCGCAAAUAGUGGAAACACUGCACUUAAAGAAGUUCAGUACUCUCAAACCUGUGCCCUGUCUUCUGUUGUUGCUUCUCAGAGCUAUUUUCAUCUGUAAAAAUAUAUUUUGGAUAGUUAUCUUCUUGACCAUAAGUGGUAAAAUAUACAAGCCAAAAAAGGGUUUCUUUGUAUCAAUAUUAUCAUUUUAUUUAGAAAAAUACUGUACAAAGAAAUAAAUGUAAAAGCUGAUUAUAAAAUUUCCAACAGUAAGAUAAAUAAGACUGCUCAAUUAUGUAGGCAUGAACUAAUACAUAUAGGAAAGUGUAAUGAAUAUAACACAAAUGCAACUAAUUUCUUAAUUUUAGUUUUAUGUUGAUAUUAGAUUUAUUACAUAUUACAUUUAUUAUGCCAAAAAGAGAGACUGUUCCAAAAUGUUGCAUUAGUUGUCAAACUCUGUAUGUAGUGUUUCCAUAAUUUGAGUCAUUACUUUAUAUAGAACCUCUGCAUGCAUACUGUCAAUACAAGCUGUGGAGUUCCUAGAAGUGUUCCUUGAAUUUUCUUGCUUUAGACAACAAAGCCCCAAAUGCCCUGUACCUGCCAUUUUAAACCUGGUGUGUCAUCCAAAACUUCUGUAAAUGUCUGAAAUGUCCUUCAUCACACAUUAAACGUGUCUGUGCCAAUGAAAUAUCUAAAUAAAAUUUUUUUUUUGAAGCCCUUGGAAAGUGAACUAUCCCUUCAGGUUCUCAUAAUCCGCUCGCUGUUCAGUCAUGGUGAAAUUAGCAGUUGGCUUGGCGGUAAUGUUCUUUUUUUUUAAAGCGAAAGAAAUGGGGCGUUCUGAUUGGCAAUAAUGAAACCAAACCUCCAUCGCCCCCAAAGUUAAUUUAUUCCUAUUGAACCAGCUUCUUCACAAGUUCGCUAUAGUUGCACUGAAGCUUGGUGUCACAAAAUUACUUAAAUUGAGUUGGAUACGGCCUAAUGCACCAGCAUCUUGUGUUUGAGCUAGCGUAUGACAAUUGCGCCUUGACUGUUAAAACAGGGCCCACGAUGUGAAAUAUGAAAUCUCUUGGAGAAUGAUCAUGGAGUUUGUUUCCUUUGGCUCUGGUGUGGGCUGAGUGUGUGUCUACGUGCAUGUGAGCAUGCAUGCCAUCACUUUUCUUUGAGUUUUUGUCAUCCUCACUCAUGUUCUGUAGUCACUUCAUUGUUUCAGUUUUUAAAAGUGCCAGCUGUCCUCCCAGCCACCUGCUUGUGUUUGCUUGUCCAUUCACGCUCCUGCAGGGUUUUAGGAAUAUGUGCUAUUUCUGCCUUAGGCCUUGGUGUUUCCAAAUAGUGCAAUAAUAUAGAAGAUGACAAGGGAUAGAUUAACUAUUUUGUGGUGACCACCUGUUUACCUCAGUUGUGUCCUGAUUGUACCAACUCAGCUUGUUUUUCACCUGUGAAUAUGUAUGUUAAUUUACAAUAUACAUAUGUAGACCUGUUAUAUACUAGAAACCUUAAAACUAGAAAAGAAAAUUAAGGAUGCCUAAGGUUCCAUUUUACAAACUGUACUAAAAUUUAGUGUUUUUAUUUUGAUUUUGUUAGUGUGUUGGUUCUCUGUAGCCUUUGAAGCAGACCAGAAUUAAAGUUGUGAUAGCUAAAGUG